AUGGGCGGCGGGAAGAAAGCCCAAAAUUCUUCAGUCGCGCCGAUCUUCAGGCAGAAGCCUGAACAACAACGGGCGCCAUCUUUAGAACCCCCACAGACGGACUCGGAAUCCGAGGUGAGCAGCCAGGCACACUCUGAAAGAUCAGAGGCACCACUGACCAGGAGGGAUAUGAGGGGAUUCCUGGCAGAUUUCAAAAAAUCAGUGGCAGAGGAACUGGACAAAAGGCUAUGCCCCAUACUAGAAGGUAUGGCAGACCUCUCAGCCCGUGCACAGGCCACAGAGGCCAAAAUGGCGGACACAGAUGAAAGGAUUCAAGCCCACGGCACUGAAAUUCAAUACCUACCUGAUCAAUUACGCUCCCUAGAAGAAACCAAUGAAGACCUCAAUAAUAAAACGCGCAGGAACAACAUCAGGGUAAGGGGCAUCCCAGAAACAAUAUCAACUGACCUCCUCUCUGACACCCUCACAGAGGUAUUCCAAAACCUCCUGCCGGAGGCCACAGCAGCUGAUUUAUUGAUGGACCAGGCACACCGGGCACUGCGAGCCCCAAGCGCCAAUGCCGCCACAGCUAGGGAUAUUGUGGUGAGGCUCCACUUUUACCAUAUAAAGGAGAGAAUUAUGCGAGCUGCCAGGGACACCCCCAUUGAACUGGAAGGAGUGCCAGUCCAACUAUUUCAAGACCUGGCACCAACUACCCUAAAACGGCGGUGA